AUGGCCAAACCAAUAAGUGAUUUCAAGGAAUGGAUGUUUCGACAACCACCAAGCUAUGUUCAAUUGCCUAUUACCGAAUACCCUGAAUACAAUAUGCCUCGAGCCGUCAAAGAUGCUGUUUUUGUUAAAGUACCAACAGAGCCCCUUACUGGAAAAAUUGAUCUUGUAUGUGUGUCCAAUGAUGCAUUGACUAACAUUCUUGAUCUUGAUCCUGUAGCAGCAGCAAGUGAAGAAUUUGUUGAAUUCAUAAAUGGCAAAUAUUUACCUCAAGGUGCUCUGAGUGUAUGUCAUGGAUAUGGUGGGUAUCAAUUUGGUUUUUGGGCUGACCAGCUUGGAGAUGGCAGGGCACAUAUUCUUGGUGAAUAUGUUAAUAGUAAAGGGGAGUUAUGGCAGUUGCAGUUAAAGGGUUCUGGCGAGACUCCUUUUUCUCGUUUUGGUGAUGGUCGUGCAGUACUCCGAUCCUCACUGCGUGAGAUGGUCGCCAGCGAGGCAUGCCACCACCUUGGCAUUCCCACCACCAGAGCCGCAGCACUGGUUGCCAGUGAUUCCCACAUGGUGAUGCGAGACAAGAGUUACUGUGGUCUGAACCGUCCCGAGCGCGCGGCCGUGGUUCUCCGACUGGCACCUAGUUGGAUGAGGAUUGGAAGCUUCGAGUUAAUGCACCGAAGGCAACAGACAGACAUGCUGCUUCAACUAGCUGAUCAUGUAAUAAAGCAUUUCUUCAGCCACAUUGAUCUUAAUGAUAAAGACAAAUAUGUGAAGUUUUUCACAGAGGUGGCUCACAAGAACCUGGACAUGGUUGCCACCUGGCAAGGGCUGGGCUUCACUCAUGGGGUUCUAAACACAGACAAUAUAAGUAUAUUGGGCCUGACCAUUGACUACGGGCCGUUUGGGUUUAUAGAACACUAUUAUGAGAACUAUGUCCCAAACACAUCCGAUGAUAUGGGAAGAUAUGCAUUCAACAAACAACCAGAGAUCUUGCUGUGGAACUUGGGAAAAUUUGCAGAAGCAUUACAAUUAAUUCUUUGUGAUGAGAGUAAAAAGAAAAUUAAAGAUGUUAUUGAAACUUUACAACCGUAUGUUAAGGAUAAAAUACUUCAUACUUAUAUUCGAAAACUGGGUCUCACUGAAGUAAGAGAAGGUGAUGAUGCAUUGGUGAAGGAUUUCCUUGAGAUGAUGCAACAAACUUCAUCUGAUUUCACUGGCAGUUUUAGACAAAUUUCUGAGAUUAAUUUGAAUCAGCUACUAGAUAAGGAAACGCUUGAAUCCAAGUGGUCUUUAGCAAGGCUGAGUAAAUCCAAGGAUUGGGAGAAGUGGGUUCAGCGAUACAAGGAUAGAUGUUGUCAAGAAAAUGUGAACGAAGAUGAGAGAGUGAAACAUAUGCUCAAAGUAAAUCCACUAUACGUCCCCCGGAACUGGAUCUUACAGGAGGCUAUUAAAGAUGCAGAGGAUAAUGAUUACCACAAGGUAAGAUUGUUACUUGAAAUCUUUACUAAUCCGUUCAUAGCGAACGAAGAAGCUGAAAAAUUGGGAUACUCAUCACAACCACCAAGCUGGUCCUUUGGCCUCAAAUUGAGUUGUUCCAGUUAA